AUGUCUUGCACUGCCAAAGGCUCGGAGCUGGCGCGGACGGUCGAGGCGCUCAUUUCGCCGGGCAAGGGGAUCCUGGCCGCCGAUGAGAGCACGGGGACUGCCGGCAAGCGGCUGGAGAGCGUGGGGCUGCCCAACACAGAGGACAACCGCCGCGCGCUGCGGGAGCUGCUGUUCACGGCGGACGGCGUCGAAAAGUUCAUAUCGGGCGUGAUUCUGUAUGAGGAGACCCUAUUCCAGGCCAGUAGCAAGGGCACCCCCCUGACUAAGGAGCUCGCUGACAGGGGUAUUGUUCCAGGCAUCAAGGUCGACAUUGGCACGGUGGCGCUGGUGGGCAGCCCCCGUGAGCUGUACACUCAGGGCCUCGACAACCUGCGACAGCGCUGCGACAAGUACUACGCAGCAGGUGCGCGCUUCGCCAAGUGGCGGGCCGUCAUCACCAUAGACACCGCGGCCGGCCUGCCCUCGCCAGCUGGCGUGCGCUCUGCAGCGGCUGGCCUCGCAGCGUAUGCCAAGGUGUGCCAGGAGGCCGGCCUGGUCCCCAUCGUGGAGCCCGAGGUUCUGGCGGACGGCCCCCACGGCAUCGACGACUGCGAGGCCGUCACGCACGAGGUCCUCUCAGUGGUCUUCCGGGAGCUGGCCAUUGCCAAGGUGCAGCUGGAAACCAUCCUCCUCAAACCCAACAUGAUCGUGCCCGGCAGCAAGGGCCCCGCGGCCACCCCCGACGCCGUCGCCGCCGCCACGCUGCGCGUGCUGCGGCGCACCGUGCCGCCGGCGGUGCCGGGGAUCAUGUUCCUGUCUGGCGGGCAGAGCGAGGAGGAGGCGACCAAGCAUUUGGAGCUCAUUAACAAGCUUGGGGGCAGCCCGUGGUACGUGUCGUUCUCCUACGGCCGCGCGCUGCAGGCCAGCGCCCUCAAGGCGUGGAGCGGGGACGCCGCAAACGCGGCGGCGGCGCAGGCCGUCUUCAUACAGAGGGCCGAGGCCAACAGCCAGGCCGCCCUGGCCAAGUAG